UCGUAAAUGUCUUCUUCAACCUUAGCUUUGCUCUUGAUCCUCUUCGGAACUCUCUGUUCCUUUUUCUACUUAUUCCGGUCACGAAACCGCCUCAAAAAUGGCGGGAAAACGCCACCGGGUCCUUUCCCCCUCCCGAUAAUCGGUAACCUCCACAUGAUCGGAAAGCUCCCUCACCAAACUCUUCACCAUCUCGCCGAGAGAUACGGACCCAUAAUGUCCGUAAUGUUAGGCCACGUACCGACGAUUGUAGUAUCGUCACCUGAAGCCGUUGAGCUCUUCCUCAAGACCCACGACGCCAUUUUCGCCGGCAGACCUAAAAUCCGAGCGUCCGAGUACUUGACGUACGGUCCCAAGGGGGUGGUUUUUUCCGAGUACGGUCCCUAUUGGCGAACUGUUCGAAAAUGGUUUAGUUUGCAUCUUCUGAGCGCUUCGAGAGUUGAAUCUUUUGCACCGGUGAGGAAGCAAGAGGUUGCCUCGUUGGUUGAAUCGGUGAGGAAGGCGGCGGAAGGCGGUAAGACGGUGGACCUUAGCCGGCAGGUCGGUAAGGUUAUCGAAGUGAUCAUGUAUAGGGUUAUUUUCGGACGGUCCAUGGAUGAUCAAAUCGAAUUCAAGCCGUUAAUCGAAGAAGUCAUGAACAUUGCUGGAGCUUUUAAUCUAUCGGAUUUUGUUCCUUUCCUCGCUCCACUUGACCUUCAGGGACUAGCAAGAAAGCUUAAGAGGGCGAGUAAAGGCCUUCACGAAUUUUUCGACAAAAUAAUCGAUCAACAUGAACAAGGGACUAAACACAAGGUGCAAAAACCUUACACUGAUUUUGUUGAUGUGAUGGUUUCGUUGUUGGAUACCGUGAACCCUAAAGAUAAUGAGCAAUCGUCCAUAAUCGAUAGGAGAAACAUAAAGGCCAUAAUGGUGGACAUGGUGGCAGCUUCGUUAGACACUACAACCACGGCCAUUGAGUGGACACUUUCGGAACUCGUAAGGCAUCCUCGAGUAAUGCUCGGUCUUCAGCAAGAGCUAGAUAGGGUGGUCGGAAGGAAUAGGAUGGUAGAAGAGUCGGAUCUACCGAAACUUACUUACUUGGAUAUGAUCAUCAAAGAAAGUUUUAGGUUACAUCCGGUGGCGCCCUUUUUAAUCCCGCACGAGUCGACGGAAGAUAUCAUCGUUGACGGAUAUUUCAUAUCGAAGAAGUCGAGAAUCAUGGUGAAUACUUGGUCCAUGGGGCGAGACCACAAAGUGUGGUCCGACAAUGCAGAAGAGUUCUUUCCGGAAAGAUUCGAGGACAACAAGAUUGAUUUCGGAGGACAUGAUUUCCGACUCAUCCCUUUCGGAGCUGGUCGGAGAGGGUGCCCCGGAAUGCUAUUAGGGCUAACCACCAUGCGUUUGAUUAUAGCUCAAUUAGUCCAUUGCUUCGACUGGGAAUUGCCUGAUGGUAUGUUGCCUAACGAACUGGACAUGACCGAGAAGUUCGGCCUCUCAUUGCCGAGGGCUAAUCAUUUGUUUGCAAAGCCAACUUAUCGUUUAGUUGGUUAAAGUGUACUAAUUAAGGG